AUGCUCGCCGCGCUCGCGCCUCGCGCGCUCCCCGCGCGAACAGCGCCCGCGCCCCGUCCCCGUUUCGCCCGCGCGAGCGCCCCGUCCGCCGCCCGUGCCCCGUCGCGCGCCGCGCCCCGAGCCUCGGGCGACGCCGAUAAGGUCGGGACGGUCGUGGGCGGCGUGGCGGGUCCGGACGAGGGCCCCAUCGACGAGUCCUCUUUCGGCGCGACCCCGUGGGACCCCGCUGACGGCGAGGACCCCAUCAGCGACGAGGUCCUGCUGAAGAUCGUCCUGUCCCAGAUAAGCGACCAGGAGGUGAACGAGCUCGUGUGGACCGCGCUCGGGUACGUCAAGGAGAUCGAGCUCGACAUGGAGACGCUGACGGGCAAGGAGGUUUGGAAGCCCACGAACGUGUUCCCCAAGUGGGCCGCGGCGUACCCCGAGGCGCCGGACGUCAUCGGCGUGACGCGCAAGUACUGGCCGGAGAUUGACGCGCCCGUCAAGGCGGCGUGCGCCGCGUUGACCAGAUCCGUCGCGGACGACCACAAGCAGGGGCUGAAGAAGACCCUCCGCAGGCUCGGCUGGAAGGGCUACCGGAUGGAUGGGCUCACGCCCAACAUGACGCGCCGGGCGCAGGCGGCGAAUUGGCUGCUGUACUACAGGCGGGAGCUGCGUGGGGUGCCGAUCGAGGAACUGAAGAGGCGGAGGGAGGAGAGGCGGAAGCGGGAGGAGGCGGAGCAGCGGACGGACGCGCCCACGGGCACCACCAAGCAGGGCGUCGUGUAA